CUCGAGAGUUUGCUGAGCGCGUGUGUGCCCCAGUAAGCUCUUCACGGCAAGCAGUUGCUGACGGCAUCAAUGGCAGAAGGAGCGCUACACGCGUCCCUUGCAUCUCGGAACCUCAUUGACAGAUUCACACACAGACAGAUCAGGCAGGCAGGCAGGCAUGCAGCGUCGUCUAGAGAGGGUCUCCUCAGUCCUCUGCGGUCAGCGUGCGGAAGCCUGACAGAUCCAUAUCCAGAAGCAGACACACAGAUGUGCCUUGUGGCUGGUCUGGCUGUCUGUGGGCCUGUCUGCCCGUCUGCCUGUGUGGGUGAGGUGACUGACUGACCGAAUCCCAUAGCGACAACGGGGAUGAAGAGGCAGAAGAUGGGCACAAACAGCUUCGGACCUGACAAGAAUACAUGAAUACACCCAUACAGGCAUGCCUCACGGCCGCACAUCACUCCACCAGCGGUUAGUGGGUGGUCAGAGUCUAUGCAUGGCACCCCACUCCCACCCACGUGCGUACCGAUGUCGCUGAACCCAGUCGGUGCCUCCAUAUUGCCAACUUUGCCCUUGUAGGCAAUCAGCUCGUUGAACCCCGCACCCAGCAUGUCCAGGAAGGCCGGGUCCGUCGCGCUGUCGAGGGUCGCGCUGUCCAACACCAUCUGCGGACUUGUCUGCAACGCACCAACACAUCCACCGCACACACGAACCGCACUCAUUAUUUGACUAACGGUACGUGGUCAGUGUGAGAUAGAGUGAAUGAGUGAGUGACCCUUCUUUCGACAGCUCGUCGGUUGGCGCUUUGCCUGAGGAUGUUGCCGCUGAGAGCAUUUGCGGGCCUCUGCACAAAGGCUGAGGCAGCAACCAUCAGGCACACGGCCACCAGGGCGAGGAGCGGAACUCUCAUCAUGGCUCUGUGAAGCAGCACAAAGAG